UCAGUCAGUUCCUCUCUCAGCGAAGCUAAGCUACAUCACUGCGUUUCCCAUCACAGCUGGAUAGAGCACCAGAGCCCUCGGAUCAACGCGCAAAAACAGUGCGGGGAAAAUAGAUUAAACAUUACAGGGGUGUAACAGAGGAGGGAAGGUGCACUCAAGAUGGUCACCAUUCCAGAGUACUACGAGGGGAAAAAUGUUCUCAUCACAGGGGCUACAGGCUUUAUGGGGAAAGUACUUCUGGAGAAGCUGCUACGCUCCUGUCCCGGUGUCAAAGCUGCCUAUGUACUUGUCCGGCCCAAAGCAGGACAGGCACCCCAUACCCGUAUCUCUGACAUGAUCAACUGCAAGCUUUUUGACAGACUGCGGGAGGAGCAGCCUGAUUUCGGAGAGAAGAUCGUGGCGGUCAACAGCGACCUGACGCAGCCAGAUCUGGAUCUGAGCACGGACGACAAGGAGACCCUAACAGGCUGCGUGAACAUCGUGUUUCACUGCGCUGCCACUAUCCGCUUCAACGAGCCUCUGAAAGAUGCCAUGCAGUUAAAUGUGCUGGCCACGCAGAAGAUGGUUAGUUUGGCUCACAGUAUGAAGCAUUUGGAUGUGUUUAUCCACGUGUCCACAGCCUACGCCCACUGCGACCGAGAGCUCAUCGAAGAGGUGGUCUAUCCACCACCUGUCGAUUACAGGAAGCUAAUAGACACACUGGAGUGGAUGGACGACAAACUUGUCUCUUUAAUAACGCCAAAGUUGUUAGGUGAGCGGCCUAACACAUACACGUUCACUAAAGCCUUGGCGGAGCACCUCGUCCAACAGGAGUCUGGAAACCUCAAUAUCGCCAUCGUCAGGCCCUCUAUAGUAGGAGCCAGCUGGAAGGAACCGUUCCCCGGCUGGAUUGAUAAUUUCAAUGGGCCUAGCGGGAUAUUCAUCGCUGCAGGAAAGGGGAUUCUACGAACAAUGAGGGCUUCAAAUAACGCUGUCGCUGACCUCGUGCCAGUCGACGUGGUCAUAAACACAACUUUGGCCGCUGCCUGGUAUUCCGGUUCACAGAGGCACGCCAGGCCGAGAAGCAUGUUGGUGUACAACUGCACGACGGGCGGGAUCAAUCCUUUUCAUUGGGGUGAAGUUGAGUACUGCAUAAACAUGACGUUCAAGACCAACCCCUUAGAACAGGCUUUCAGACGCCCCAAUGUUAACCUGCGAUCCAACCCUUUUACCAAUCAGUACUGGACCACAGUGAGUCACACCCUCCCUGCCCUGCUGUACGACGGGUUUCUCAUGUUGAUGGGUCAGAAGCCCCGGAUGAUGAAGACAAUCACUCGGUUGCACAAGGCCAUGAUGGUGCUGGAGUACUUCACUAGCCACUCGUGGGUGUGGAACACGGACAACGUAACCAUGCUCAUGAAUCAGAUGGGAGCUGAGGACAAGAAGGUAUUUAACUUUGACGUCAGGCAGUUACACUGGGCAGAAUACAUGGAGAAUUACUGCAUGGGCACUAAGAAGUAUGUUCUCAACGAAGAGUUGUCAGGACUCCCAGCGGCACGCAAACACUUGAACAAGCUCCGGAACAUUCGCUAUACUUUCAACACCAUCUUGGUAGUUUUGAUCUGGCGCAUCUUCAUCGCCCGUUCACAGAUGGCCAGAAACAUCUGGUACUUCGUCGUCAGCUUGUGCUUCAAGUUCCUCUCCUAUUUCAGAGCUUCCAGCACCAUGAGAUAUUGAAUCCACCCCAGCUCCCCCCUCCCCCCCCUCUCUCUCUCUCUCUCUCUCUCCCGACAGCUAUGCACACACUUCUGCUUUGCGACACUCUGAACUCCGAGGGUCAAGCGUUCGGGCAUAGUAUCCGCUAUCCUCCCCUCCUGCGCUAGUGCGCCCUCAACAUCACAGGGUGCAAGUGCACUCAACUGCUAUGUAGAAAGCAUGAAUUUUCAGGGCUCGAGGUCUAAGAAGCUCUCUCAGCAUAACGAGAGCGACUGCUUCGUGCCGAGCGCGUUUGAGCACUUACUUGUACCCGUUCCACCUCCUGAACGCAAACAGGUUGUGGACGAUGCUUGAUUAUUAUGGUUUACAUACUUGCUCAUACUUGUUGGCGCCAAUGGCCCCUUUUCUAACUGUAAUCAACGAAGCACAAUGAGAAAAAAAUGAGAGAUGGCUUUGUCUCAGCUCUGUGCCUGCAAUUCAAAAAUUAUCUUCAUCAUGUGCCCAGUGUCUUUGUUAGAUUCAUCUCUUUUGCCUUACUUCUUUCCAAUUCCUCUCACCCUCUUAGAGACAAAGGGAAUUGACGUGUCACCAAAUUAGCAUCUUAAGCGUCUGAUUCCAGGCCUUAUGCUUGUGUCUUCACACUCUUUUCUUUAGUCAAUACCAUGUCAUCUUCAAAUAUAUUUAUUUGUGCUAGUUGGGGUCUCUUGUUUUUGUGAAAGCAAUCAGUCGCUUUUAAUCAAUCAGGCUUGUCUGUUUCCCUAAAAAAAAUUUGCUAGCAAACGCAAGCCUUGGGUUUUCACACGCUUAAACCUGUUGCCUUUUAUGAAUAAUGAGCUUCAUAAAUAAAC